AUAAACAACCAAGAUUGGGGAACAGUAGCAUGUCGCAAUGCGUGCGUGUUUUGUAGGUACGUCAAGUGGUUGUGAGAAUAGGCGACAGCUGUUUAGUAGUUGGUGCUCUGCAGGUCACAGAGAUUGACAGAUAAUUCCAAGUCAGCAGCAGAAUAUUCCACCAAAAUGUGACAUUCAGUGAUGGUCUAAUGGUUUGCAUAUUUCAGUACAAAGGCAGGCAGAGCGCUAUACAGUUCACGCCUCACUAUGUAUUUCACGACCACAUAAUUCUGCAACAUGAACUAACUCCUAGAAAAGGGCGUCCUGUUCACAGUGACGAAAUAAAAAACCGUAGAUAUGUCUACGACGAUAACGCUUGGUCAAGACUAUUUACCUUUGCAUCAUAAGAAAAAAGGAUAUACACUAUCAAUACCAUUCGGUAAAGUGGCUUGGGUUACUGUUUCCUUGCCGUUGACAAGUUUUAUCUUCUGUGUAAUAUGGUCAAUAUUGUUUAACUUUGAAAGAUCAACCUAUACGCACUGUCAGGUAAAAAAUUACCUGCCUUCCAUCUCAGCUGCCAUUGGUGUAUUUACCCCACAGCGAUAUGUAUGGAGGACAGCAAUAGCUGUACAUGCACUACCUAGACUGCUUGUUGCAAAGAUGUACCACCGAUAUUAUCAGAGUGUUCUAUAUCCAGGGAUACAUUUUCUUGCUGCCAUUGCUUGUUGGCUCAAUGUGAUGGAGAAUUUAGCUCUAAUAGGUUUAACUUUUAUAUCAUCAGCAGAAAAUUAUGCUAUACAUGAGAAGUGCUUUAUCACAUUUAUGAUAACAUCAGAGCUUUACAUGUUGCUGACAUGCUACUUGCUCAGAAAAUUCCGCAGAUUUCCUCCUGAUAAUGUUGAAUCAAGGUCAUUGAAGAUUAAACAUCAACUCUUAGUGAUAAACUUAACAUCAUUUGCCAUGGCAGGGUAUUUCUUUAAGAGACACAAUUGGUACUGUGAACCUGGAGUGUACUCCAUCUUUGCUUUCUUUGAGUACAUAGUUGUACUCACCAACAUGGCAUUUCACAUGACUGCAUUUUGGGACUUCCAUGACCGCUCACUGGAAGUGGGACCACUUGGCUUCGGUCACAGCUGACAGUAUGAGAUGCCAGCCGAGCACACACAAUAACAAGUAGAGCAGUCCACCCCGGCAACUGGCAACUUGGUAGAUACCACAAGUGUUCCCUGUUCAAUAGCCUUCCCACAUGAACUGUCACAUCAAGCUCCACUCUAUAUUGAUGAUGAACUGGGCAGCAUACAGUUAUCUGUUGAUUUGCCGUUAGAACAGAUUCCAGUACCAGCAAGCCCUGCAACAUUUCCUCCAGUCAGUAUGAUGAGGGAUGCUUUGCCAAAUGACCAGUGUUGCCAUUUUUCAUCUGAGAGAGGCAUCCAUUCAAGAGAUUAUCUUCCUGCAUAUCAACAGUAUGUUUACAUGAUAGUUGACCACACUGUAUUGGGAACUAGAGUGUAACCUCCCGUAUAUGAAAGAAAGUAUUUAUUACUACAACAAUACAAUUCUGAAUGAAAUUUGUACCUAAAGAGCAUGUGCUCAUAAAGCCAAAGCCGAGGUGUGACUGCUGACUAUUACGUGUCUGCUUUUGACAAAUGUGACUGAAUACUUAUUGAUCUCAAAUGUGAUGGUGAUAUUUUUAAAGUGUGGAAGAUUCCAUUGUGUAUGGUUGUGGUAAUUGAAUGUAUACACUAAUAUUUUUAUAUUUUUAAUUAAUAACUUUUGUAACUCUUGCAGUGGUACUUAAAGAUAAAUGUUCAUAUUGAAGGAUACCUUUUGGUACUGUGAAAAAUAUUUGCCACUAGCAAAAGUAGCUGACACCCCAGUCUAUCCUGUAGAAGCUAGUCUCACCUUCAACUCAGAACUGUAAAUUAUUGUCAAAUCUUCUAGUACAUCCAUAAUAGCUGAGCAAGAAUUACACAUAUGUUUUGGGUUAGUACAUUUUGAAGUUUACUGUCUGCUACAAAUUUUGAUACUAUAAUUUAUUUAUAAAAGCCUUCUGGUGUCAUAUUGCCUUAUAGGUCAAGAGUACUAGGUGUGUGUUUAAAGAGUUUAUCUCAUGUUCUGAUCACGUUUUCACCAUUGUCUCUUAGGCUUUGAUGUUUCAACUGCAUCAUAUAACAACAAAAAAUUUUGAUGUCAACACAUAUUUUUAAAUUUUACUUGAACUAAGAUGUAGAUUAUCUCACAAUGUAUAAAUGUGAACAAAGAGUCUUUAUUUCUGUCAAAUUAUCGUUGAUAUCACAAUGUGCAACUGUGAAUAAAGAAAAUCUUUAUUUCUGUUAA